AUGUCCCUCCGGUUUUCUGGCGGAUCCAGGCACGUUGGCCUGCAGUCGGGAUCUCUCAGGCCAUCCAGCGUAGGCGCAGGCUUUGCAGGCAGCAAUGCAGGUGGCAGUUCGGCUGCUGGUAGUGGAUUUUCUUGGGCCUUAGGAGGGCCCCUGAGCAGUGCUCCUGGUGGGAGCCAUGCCACUGGUACACUGGGAAAUGCUGCUGGUGUUGGCUUCGUUGGAAAUGAAGGGGGUCUCCUCUCUGGGAACGAGAAGGUCACCAUGCAGAACCUUAACAACCGCUUGGCCUCCUACCUGGAUAGUGUGAAAGCCCUGGAGGAGGCGAACGCUGAACUAGAGAGACAGAUCAAGAACUGGCAUGAGAAAUACGGACCUGGAUCUUGCCGUGGACUUGACCAGGACUACAGCCAGUAUCAUCUGACCAUCGAGGACCUUAAAAGCAAGAUUAUCUCUUCCACCGCUGCUAAUGCUAAUAUAAUUCUGCAGAUUGACAAUGCCAGACUGGCUGCUGAUGACUUCCGAUUAAAGUAUGAAAAUGAACUCACCCUUCACCAAAAUGUAGAGGCAGACAUCAAUGGAUUGCGCCGCGUCCUUGAUGAGCUGACCCUCUGCAGAACGGACCAAGAGCUGCAGUAUGAAUCCCUGAGUGAGGAGCUGACCUAUCUCAAGAAGAACCACGAAGAG